AGGUGUUUGAUUGAUCCUACACAUGCUAGUUAGUAGUUGCUACUGAGUACUGAUAAUUCCUUCCCAGAAUUGGGCUUGUUGAGCCCAAAAGAGUAUUGGGCUUGAUGGGCUAUUCAAAUGGCUACAAUUGCUUAGCCGUAUGAUCCGGUAGAAGAUGGGUCGGACCGACUGAAGUCGAUAAGAUUAAGACAUGGAGGCUCGGGAGACUUAUUCUUGACAAGAGUACGGCAAUGGCAACUUCAAUCGCUCACUCCACUAUCUUCUACAAAACCUCGCUCUUUCUCCGGAGAAAUGGCCUUAAAAACUUUGCUUUUUGCAUGUCCGCAAAUUCUUUUUCUUCUUCUUCUGCUGCUCUUUCAGCCAACAAGAAGUGGACGCGACCAGUGGCUUCUGUGCUAGAGCUCGGAGGAGUCAAGAUUGCUCGAGACGAUGUGGUGAAGGAUGACCCAACAAACAAUGUUCCGGAUACAAUUUUCUCCAAACUUGGAAUGCAACUUCAUAGGAGGGACCAGCACCCGAUUGGGAUUCUUAAGAAUGCAAUAUUUGAGUAUUUUGAUAGUAAUUACCCACAAAAGUUCGAUAAAUUUGAUGAUCUCUGCCCUAUUGUUUCAGUGAAGCAGAAUUUUGAUGAUGUCUUGGUCCCUGCUGAUCAUGUAAGUAGGAGCUCCAAUGACACAUACUAUGUUGACCCUCAAACUGUUUUGAGGUGCCACACAAGUGCUCAUCAGGCUGAGCUAUUGAGGAGUGGACACACUCAUUUUCUUGUAACUGGAGAUGUUUAUCGAAGAGAUUCUAUUGAUUCCACUCAUUACCCUGUUUUCCACCAGAUGGAAGGGGUUCGUGUCUUUUCUCCAAAUGAUUGGGAGGCAUCCGACCUGGAUGCAACGUCUAUUGCAGCUGGGGAUUUAAAGACAUGUCUCGAGGGUUUGGCACGCCACUUAUUUGGUGCUGUUGAGAUGCGCUGGGUCGACACAUAUUUCCCAUUCACCAAUCCAUCAUUUGAACUUGAGAUAUACUUUAAGGAGAAGUGGUUGGAGGUGUUAGGCUGCGGGGUGAUGGAGCAAGAAAUAUUAAAGAGAAGUGGCAAACUGAACAAUGUUGCGUGGGCUUUUGGUCUUGGAUUGGAGCGGCUGGCAAUGGUACUCUUUGACAUACCAGAUAUACGGCUUUUCUGGUCUAAUGACGAGAGAUUUACCUCUCAGUUCUCCAAGGGCCAACUUGGAAUCAAAUUCAAGCCAUUCUCAAAGUAUCCUCCUUGUUACAAAGAUAUAAGUUUUUGGAUCAGCGAAUCAUUCACAGAGAACAAUUUUUGUGAACUUGUUAGAGGAGUUGCUGGGGAUCUUGUUGAGGAGGUGAGUCUGAUAGACAAUUUUACCAAUAAGAAAGAAAUGACAAGUCACUGUUAUAGGAUCACAUAUCGAUCCAUGGAACGUUCACUCACCGAUGAUGAAAUUAAUGAUUUGCAGUGGAAUGUCAGAGAACAGGUGCAGAGCAAAUUAAAUGUCGUUCUGAGAUGAGAGUUUCUUGGCAAUAUCUGUCCACUUUAGCCCCAUGCUUGUGACACCUUCCAGCUACUCAAAUUUCGUAAAUUCUUUUCAAUUCUACAUACUAUUACAGGUAUAAAGUUAUUUAUUUCGUCCCUCAAACUAUGAGUAUUGAGUAAACCUAGAUUUCGGGCAUUUGUGGAAGUUUAAAGGAUACACCAUGCAAUUUCUGAGAAACUAAAUGGAGUACUCGAGGAAGAGAUAUGUCGUCUGCAAAUAAUCAGCCAGCUUCUAUGUUUCAUAUGAUUUUCUGCUGAGUCUGUGACCAAAAGAGCUCUCGCUCCCUUUCUCUGCCGUUAGAAUACUUGAAAACUGAAUUUGUAUUUCAAACUGUCGUAUCUUGUUUGCUGAGUUUAUUCCAUAGUUUCAUGCAAA